AUGUUCUGCCUGAAGAAUUUCACUGCUGUCCUCUCAUGUGUGCUCCUCUUCAUCAUCCAGCCAGGUCGUGGUUCUGAGAUUAUUAAUGGGAAAGAAGUUGAGCCACACUCACUGCCUUUCGUGGCUUAUUUGACAAGUCCAAACUCUUUCUGUGGAGGGACAUUAAUCCAUCCACAGUGGGUCCUGACAGCUGCCCACUGCACUGGUAUUAAUAAGGUGACUUUGGGAGCACACUCCAUCAAGAAACAGGAAGAAAAUUCUAAACAGAUCCGAGAGGUUGUGACACACGUUCCUCAUCCCAACUAUACCAAUGUAGAUCUGGGCAACGACCUCAUGUUGCUGAAGCUUAACAAACCAGCGAAGAAAACCAGGGCAGUCAAAUGCCUCAAGUUACGCAAAGCCAGAGACCCGGCCGCUGGCAGCACGUGUCUGGUGGCUGGAUGGGGAAUAACUGAAAACAACCGAACAUCAGACGUCCUCAUGUCUGUCAAUGUGACUGUGGUCGACAGACAGACGUGCAACUCUCGUGAUUAUUACAACCACAGACCUGAGAUCACCAAACACAUGAUAUGUGCUGGUUCAGAUGGUACAAACGUCGCUGAUACCUGUCAAGGGGAUUCAGGAGGGCCGCUGCUGUGUGAUGGAGCGCUGGUUGGAGUCACUUCUUUUGGAGCAGGUUGUGGUGUCAUUAAAAAACCUGGAGUCUACUCGUUUGUCUCAAGGAAGCAACUGAAGUGGAUCAAGGAAACAUUAAAGUCAACUUAA